AAGAGGCUGGUUACAUCACGCUAUGCUUUAUAUGACAGGGGUCACGUUGUGAGCUCGUGCUCGCCCGUCCACCCCAAUUAUCCGACUAUCAACGUUCGUCUCUGUACCCGUCUGUUGCAGUUUCACCGUCCUGUGAUUUGUAGACCGCACAUUUUGACUACAUACUGUUCGCUUCUGGAGCGUUGAGGCUGCGCUAGGUUGCACCGAAGGCAACAUCCAGGCUCCGUUUCAGCACCUCGAUGGUCACCUGAACGCGCCCCAAGCAUCAGCUGCAUCUUUCAUCCCAUCGCGCCUUGACCUUUCGUCGUACCAUUCUCAUUCAGCAUGCGCAAGAGCACAGUGUGUCUGCUCGCGUUGCUCAAAGCCGCAUCCUGCGCCCAGCCAGAAGCUCAGGAGCCAAUAGCAGCGCCUCUGCGCGAGCUACCCUGGGCACAGCUCAACUUCCUGCAUACAACCGACGUACACGGCUGGUGGGGUGGCCACUUGCAAGAAGCUUCAUUCUCAGCAGACUGGGGCGACUAUGUUUCCUUUGCCAAGCACCUGCGCGACAAGGCUGACGCAGAAGGCGUCGACCUUCUGGUCGUCGACACAGGAGAUAGAGUAGAAGGAAACGCAAUCUACGAUUCCUCGAAGCCCCGAGGGAAAUUUACCUACGAGAUUGCAAAAGAGCAGCACAUCGAUCUCAUCAGUUCUGGCAACCAUGAGCUCUACAAGGCAGACACUGCUGAGGGCGAGUAUUACCACACAGUGCGUGACUUCCAAGGGAGCUAUCUGGCAUCGAAUCUGGACAUCUAUGACCCCAGGACUGGAUAUCUGGAGCCGCUCGCACCACGAUAUAAGAAGUUCACCACCAAAAACCAAGGGAUUCGCAUCCUGGCGUUCGGCUUCAUCUUCGACUUCACAGGCAAUGCAAAUAACACAGUAGUGACACGAGUCGAGGACACCGUAAACGAAGACUGGUUCAAGGCAGCUUUGAAAGACGAAGACCUCGACUUAAUCGUCGUCUUUGGCCAUGUCGAUAUCCGCUCUCCCGAGUACGCCAUCCUAUUCUCCACCAUCCGCGCAGCGCAUCCAGAGCUACCCAUCCAAUUCUUCGGCGGCCACUCCCACAUCCGCGACUACAAGAUCUUCGACUCGAAAUCCGUCGCACUCGAAAGCGGACGCUACAUGGAAACGCUGGGCUUCAUGUCCAUCGGCGGGCUCAGCACAGGCGGAUCGGAGAAGCGCGCAGCAACCCCCCAGGAAUCCGCGAUCACUUUCUCCCGCCGUUAUAUUGACAGCAACCUCUUCUCCCUCCACCACCACAGCGGCAAAGACUCAAAGUCCUUCCCCACUAAUCACGGUCUCAAUGUCUCCCGUGCCAUCGGCGACGCGCGAUCCUCUCUCGGCCUAACUAAAAAGUACGGCUGCGCACCACGCUCGCUCUGGAUAAGUCGACGUCCGUAUCCACACCCGGAAAGCAUCCUCUCCUGGCUCUCCGACCGUGUGCUACCAGACUCCAUCAGCGCCUCUCGACGCAUCAAGUUGGGCAAAAAGGCGCUCGUGAUUCAAAACACCGGCGCGAUAAGAUUCGACAUCUUCAAAGGUGCAUACACAAAAGACACCAAAUUCCUCGUGUCCCCCUUCACCUCCCCCCUGCGGCUGCUCAGAGACGUACCCUACAACACGGCCGCGCAGGUGAUCAAGCUCCUGAACCACGGCGGGCCAAUCGCGCUGCAGAUGAUGGACGCAGGUGCAUUUAUGCAGCCGCCAGAAGUGAGCGCGGGAAGGCUCCGACCAGGUCUGUUGUCCACGCCAGAGGCCUCCGGUGCCCGAUAUGCCAACGAGGCGGACCAGAAGCCGAUGCGGAGUGACGAGCCGGCGCUGACUCCGGGCUACACGACCCGCGACGACGCGGGCACCGACGGCGACGACACGCUGCACUCCCAGAUCCAGUUCUACAACGUGCCCAAUUGUAUUCAAGCCGCUGUCGGAUUCGAUGCGCUGGACAGAGACGAGGAGCCGCAGACAGUGGAUCUCAUGUACAACGAGUUCAUCCAGAAAUGGGUGUUAAUGGCGCUGCAGUACAUGGGUGAGGCGUACACAAGCGACGAUACGGACGUUUUUGCGGACGGGAAGAGUUUCACAGAUAUCAUGACGGACUGGGUGAGUGAGCACUGGGCGCAUGAGGCUGAGUGUCCCAAGUGACUUCGCAUCACAUCGCAGGAGCACUUGAGCAUGUAGUGAGUAGUUAUAAGUAUGUAUUUACUGCAUUGUGAAUUGGCUGACUCACGACCGGAAUGCCCUAUCUCUGUAGAUGUUCGCUGUAACAUACAUGUGGGUCCUGUGAAGCGAAGUGUACGAGUCUAUGAUGCUAAAUUGAUGCUGGGUAUCUCUAUCCGUGUCUCCAGCCUGUUCCACUUAAAAUAGCGCUCGUGGUCAAUAGUGCGUUUAUCAUCUCUUUCCAUACC